UAUUCGGUUUGUUAAUCUAUUUAUUAUAAAUACAAUAACUUAAUUAUUAAUUAUAAUUUUUUUCUUAAUGUUAAUAUUGUAUAUAAUAUAUUUGUAAUGACUGCAAAUGAGGUUUUUACUGGAAAUGAAUUGGUACAAAGUAUAGAACUAAAAGUAAAGUCUUUAAAGAUACUAAUAUCUGAAAUCAGACAGUCUUGUCACAAUGAUGAAUUUGAUCCAUCAAUAUGUAAUGAUAUUAAUGAGUACUUACAAAUUGUACAAACAGAUUGUCAGACAAUAAUGAAUGAUAAUAAUAAAUUACUAUAUAAUACAACUCAAAAUAUUUAUGAAGAUAAAAAAAUACUUCAGCCAAUUCAAAUGAUUAAUAAUGAAGAUUAUUACAAACAAAAAAUGCAGAAAUUUGAGGUUGAAAUCAAUUAUAAAGUUGAUGAUGUAAUAAAAUCAAUCGAGUCAACAACAGAUACUUUGAAUGCAUAUCAUAAAGAAAACUUAUUACUUGAUGAACAAACUAAUGACAUUUAUCAAAAAUUAAAUUUACAAAAGAAUAUAUUAAAUCAAGAAAUUGAUAAGUUCAAUAACACAGAUUUUACAGUAAAAAAUGCCUUUUGUAAAUGGAAAGAAAGUAUUAUAAAAACAAAUGAUGAAAAUGUCUUGUUGGUUAAUGAAGCCCGUAAAUUGAUAUCUAAAUAUCAACAAAGCAUGUUAAUGGUAAAGAAUAACAUUAUGAAUAUAGUUGAGUCAGUGUCAAAAAGUUUAUCACUGAGGGCCAAAUGUCUGAAAUUAGAAAUUUAUUUAAUUUGGGAGGGAAAAACAAUUUUAAAAAUGUAUAAAAGUAUUCAUAAACUUAUUGAUGUAAACAAAGAAAAAUUUGAUUGUUAUAAUGAUCUUCAAUUUCAAAUGGGAAACAUUAAUACAGAAUUAAAUAAAGAUUUGGAUGAUAUUAAAUGUAAAAGUUCCAAGAUUAUUAGUGGUAUAUUUAAUCAGAUUCAAAAAUAUAACAGCGUUAAAAUAAUAGCUGAAGAAAAAUGUAGAUACUUAAAUGAGUUACAUAAUAAGAUUCCUGUUACUGAAGAACUUUUAUUAAACAAUUUAGGAUAUUUAAUGAAUAUUGAAAAUCAAAUAAAAGAAAACCAGAAAGAAAUUUUUAUAAAACGUCAAAAAGUUGACGAAGAAAAUACUGAUAUAAAAAAAUUAGAAAAUCUUUGCGCUGAUAAAAAUAAAGCUAUAAUGGAUGCUCAAAUUGAAAUUGAAAAAAAACAAUCACAGUUAGAGAAUAUUGAAUUAAAAUACAAAAAAGAAUCAAAAGAAUUAGAAAUUAUAAGAUUAGAGCAGCAAAAAAAAAAAAACAACUUAAAAAUAAUGAAUUCCAUUAUGAAGUAUCAUGAUAAAGAAACUAAAGAAAAAAUACAAUUUUACAAUGAUAAUAUCAUCCGACCUCUUGAACUUAAAUUAGAAAAAUGUAUUUCACUCGUCGAUCAAGAAAAAAAUAAAAAUAACAAUAUAAACAUUACUAGUAUAAUGGAAUUGGUCCCGGAGUUUAAGGAAAAUAUUAAGAAUACUAAAUCACAAAUUGAAAAACUAGAUAAAACUUUAAGCGCACAAUAUGGAACAAUGACAAAACUAGAAGAAGAUUAUAAAGAUAUUCAAUUGAAUAUUUUACGCCAAACAGAAAUAUCUUCAAUAAAAACAGAAAAGUUCAUUGAUAUUUUUGAUGCUAUUUUGAACUAUAGGAUGAAAAUGUUGAAUGUUGUUGAAAUGAGAGAAAAAAAUAUAAUUUUAGAUAGUAAGGUAUUUCAAAAACGGUACGAGAUUAAGAAAAAAAGAGAAGAAUGUUCAAGAAGAGAAAACGGUUUGAUGUCACAGUUAGAUAAAUUAAAACAAUUGGUCCGUCAACAAGCGAAAUAUAAUAAACAGUUGUCUCAGCAGUAUAUUCAGCUGACGAACAAAUAAAGUUGUACUUAAAUAUUUUUAUUUAUUAAAAAGAAAAAAUCAAUUUAUGUAACAAA